AUGACCCUUUUCGAUAACAAAACCAAGGAUGAUGUGAAAAAGGCAAAGCAAGUCCAUGAGCUUCUCAACCUUAUGGACCUUGUCAAAAAGCAGAACAGCGAUAAACCGUACACUAAUGAGAUGUACCUUAAGAUAAAGGAAGAGAAUGAAAAGCAUAAGAAAGAAGAAGCACUCCAAGCAUUGAUGAAGGAGUUACAUCAAGCGAAUCAACAGAUGCUCAAGGCAAUUGAAGAAAUGAAAGAUAAUGAUAGACGCAAGAAAGAGCAAGAGGAGCUUGAAUCGAAAAGGCGUUCGGAAGAACAAUUCGAAGAAUUGUUGAAAACGAAUCAACAUAACUUCAAGGAAAUGGAAGAAGUGAUGGAGAAACGAUUAAAAAGACUACGGAAGCGCAAGAGGAGCUCUUUGAGAUAA